AUGACUCUGAAGGAGUUUGGGCGGCAGGGGCUGCGCUCGGGCUUCGGCUCGCAGCCCCUGUCGACAAAGUCCUCGAACCCCAGCUUCGGCUUCGGGUCGAGCGUGCGCGAGUCGUCGCUCAAGCAGUACAUCAGCGGCGACCAUGCCAAGGUGAUGCCUGGAAACAACUCGCAGGGCCCAAUUUACAAGACGACGAGCGCGAUGGGCCCGCAGGCGGAGUCGAGGUACCAGUCGUCGGGGCUGUACUCCUUCGGAACGGCCCCCCGGCUCCCGAAGCCCGGGAAGAAGCAGGUGCCCGGCCCCGGCGCGUACAAGGCCGUCCGCGGGUACGGCGACCAGCCUCUGUCCACCAAGACCACGGCCGCUCGCAUGGCCUUCGGGACCGCCACGCGCGACGCCGCCAUCAAGGUGUACCAGGAGGACGCCGACAAGGCCUACUACGGCCUCGGAUCGCCCGGACCGUGCGCGUACAACCCGUCCUCGGGGGCCUAUACUUCACCAGUAUGA